GGCAGCUCAACCUCAGUACUGAUGAUUAUCAGUAAAGUGAUCAGCAGCAAGUUUCUGUUAAACAUGAUCUAUUCAGCCUGUUUCGGAAAGAAACACCUGGACAAUACAGGUGUGCUACUUACAUCGCAUUCCAGUACAGCAGGUGGCGGGAUUCACCUGAAACGGUGAUUUGUGACCCGCCAUUAUUAAACAGAAGAACAAGAGGCGGCGGAGGCAGGAGUAGUAGAGGAAGAAGACGAGCAGUGGUGUGUUUGCAUGUUAGCUCCAAACUUCAACAGUAACUUUCUUCAAACCACCGGAACCAGGUUUUUACCCCGGGACAGACCCGAGACUGUUCAGCGCGACUCGUGGCCUUAAUGCCCCACUGUAGGACUCACUGAUGUAAGGAACUGAUCAUUGAAGGAAACCAGUUCAGAGAGUCCAGGGGAGACAAGUCUGUCAACAUGGAUGCCCAGCAAGGAGCUCAGUGACUCUCUGGUGGACAUGUACAGAGCUAAUCCCAGAGUGAACGUGGAGCUGCGACAGCGUCUGCCCUCACCUGCCAGACAGCAACUCAGCGACGCAACACAGCAACUCAGCAUCCCCGACAGAUCAGGAACCAUUCUGAGCCUGGACCACAUCGAGUUGCCUCAGGGCCCUCAGCACCUCCAGGAGCCUUCGAGCUCCUGCUCCCCCUCCCCUCUGUCUCACAGGAGGUCUUGCUCUCCUGUCUCGCCCCUCUUCCACAGGAGGUCUGUCUCUCCAUUGUCUUCCAGGCCUCCAGGAGGUGCAGGGGAAAUGGAGAUGGACCUUUCCCCCAGCAGAGGUCCUUCUCCCCAGGUGGAGAGCUGCGGAGAUGACCAUGAUGGAGAAGGAGCACCCAGAGGUCCUGGAAGUCCCGCCCUUGGAAGACAGUUGGUCCCUGCUGUCGACAGUUUUCAUCAGGACGUCUCAUUUGGUCGAGUAAAGACUUUUGAUCGAGACAAAAACGUCUCGUUUCUACUGAAGGAGCUCGAUGCCCUGAGAGAAAUCAACAAGAAGCUGCAAGACCAGCUGGUUCAGAAGGAGAAGGAGCUGCAGAGGAGGGAGAUAGAGGAGGAGCUGAGGGAGGAGCAGAGGGAGGCCCGAGGCUGGGAGAGACCUGCAGUUUUAUCCUACAGGAUUAUCACGGAAACAGAAAAUCUCCAUCCAUUUAACUUCGCAGUGUUGGAGGAGGUGUUGGCGGCUCAGAAGGACAGAGAUCAGGCUAUGAUGUCACGACUCCUGCUGGCCAAUGAGGAGAGAGACGAGGCCCUGCUUCGCGUACGCCGACUGCAGCAGGCCGCCGAUUUGGAGAACAUUAGCCUGGAGGACACUGACAUGGAUGUGGAUGAGCUCCUUCAGUGUGUCUGUGACACCGACUCUGUCCAAGAAGUUGAACAGUUUGGUUCAGUUCUGGUUCAGCGUCUGCGGUUGGCAUGGCAACGACGGAAUGACAUCACUGCUCAGGAGAUGAAGGCUGUGAUGGAGGAGAGAGAUGGCUCUGUUGCCAAGUGUAAAUCUCUGGAACAGGAUCUGAUACAGGAGAGAGAGCAGAGGGUGACCCAGGAGGAGCUGCUGAGGCUUCAGAGAGAGAGAGAUGGAGCUCUGGACGACAGGCGACAGCUAGAGGCCGAGCUAUUGGCACUACGAGCCAAUCACAGCUCUCAGGAUCUUCUCGCCCCCUCUCCCUCGUUGCCUGGUGACGGUGUCUCUCCAGGGAGUUCAUCGGAGGUCCCGUCCUGUCCGGCCCCGCCCCUGCUGGUCCAGCUCAAGCAGCUGUCGAAGGAGAAGCAGAGCGUGGAGGCAGAGCUUCAACGCUGUCAGGAGGCGGAGCGAGAUGCCAGUGAGAGAGUCCGCAGGUUGGAGCGUCUGGUCGAGGUUUUGAGGAAGAAAGUCGGGACAGGAAGCCUCCGAGCCGUCAUCUGAUCUGUCUUCUUAAUCCUUUUAAUCCUUUUUAUAUCACUAAACUGACCACUGAUUAUUUUAUCUAGUUUUCUUUUUUAUUUUCUUCCUUCAGGUUUUUCUUUAGUGAAAAGAUCUGCAGCUCUGUUAUGUAUAUCACUACUGUUAUAAGCCUACAGAGUAUUUUCUCCUUAUUUCUUUAUCCAAGACUUUUGAUGGGUUUUUUUGUUUGGUAUCUUAACCUACUGUAAAACCAAAAAAACAAAAUUGCAGCCUUAAAGUUUUAAGUUUUUGAUUUUUAGUUAAUUUUUUUGGUUCAGGUGUAAUCAUGAAAUAUUUUUAAUAAGAUGAUUGAACUGAUUCUCAGCUGUUGCUUAGUUUUUUUGUUGUUAUCUGUACAUUUAUCAUAUUUUGUACUAAACACAAUUGUAUAAUUGAUGGAUAAAUGUAUU